CGUUACAACUCAUAUUCUCAACAUAAAAUGAAACAACACACAAACCGUAGUAGCGUUUAACGACUUCACUCACUCGUUCACUUUAGGGUUUGAAACUUUAUCUGUCUCAGCGAUUACCGCCGUCAGAACCUACUUCUCCUCCGACGGAACAAUUAUCCAAUGUCAGAACUAACUUCUCCUCUGACGGAACAAUUAUCCGUCGCCACCAUCACCGAAGAUGUUCCCAAAGCCGAAUUCUCAGACAGGGUUCCGAUCCAAUCCAUAAUCCUCCGUGAAGACGGCGGGUCAGGUUUAGCCGGAAAGAAAGCUAGGGUUGGCGGAUGGGUGAAAACGGGAAGGAAAGCUGAUAAAGACGCUUUCGCUUUUUUGGAACUGAACGAUGGAUCAUGCGCCGGUAAUCUUCAAGUUAUUGUUGAAGCUUCGCUUGCUGACCUUGGACAACUUGUUCUCACCGGAACUUGUGUUGUUGUUGACGGUCAUCUUAAACUUCCUCCUUCCGGUACUAAACAGAAGAUCGAGCUUCGUGCUGAUAAGGUUCUUCAUGUGGGUCCUGUUGAUCCUGCUAAAUAUCCUUUGCCCAAAGGGAGACUCACUCUCGAAUUCUUGCGCGAUGUCGUUCAUCUUCGUUCCAGAAGCAACACGAUCUCUGCAGUUGCUCGAAUUCGGAAUGCUCUCGCUUUUGCCACACAUACAUUUUUCAACAAGCAUGGAUUUCUUUAUGUGCACACGCCAAUUGUCACGACGAGUGAUUGUGAGGGUGCUGGUGAAAUGUUUCAAGUGACAACUUUGUUCAAUGAAGCAGAGAGGGUGGAGAAAGAACUGAUACAAAACCCUCCUCCAACUGAAGCUGAUGUUGAAGCUGCUAAGCUUGUUGUUCUAGAGAAAGGGGCUGUGGUUUCUCAGUUGAAAUCUGCAAAAGCAGAUAAGAAAGAGAUUAGUGCCUCUGUGGAUGAACUUAAAAAAGCAAAAGAGAAUGCAUCCAAGCUGGAGGAAAGAUCUAAACUUAAACCUGGUAUUCCUCGAAAGGAUGGAAAGGUGGAUUAUACUAGGGAUUUCUUUGCCCGUCAAGCGUUUCUGACUGUUUCUGGUCAGCUUCAGGUCGAGUCUUAUGCAUGUGCUCUCAGUAGUGUGUAUACAUUUGGCCCAACAUUCCGUGCAGAGAACUCUCACACUUCCAGGCAUUUGGCUGAAUUUUGGAUGGUAGAACCUGAAAUUGCGUUUGCCGACUUGGAGGAUGAUAUGAAGUGCGCGGAGGCAUAUGUGAAAUUUAUGUGUCAGUGGUUACUUGACAACUGCCAUGAAGAUAUGCAAUUUAUGGCUGACAAGUUUGAUAAAGGUUGCAUUGAUCGUUUGAAAAUGGUUGCCUCCACCCCUUUUAUUCGACUUUCAUAUACAGAAGCCGUUGAAAUACUGGAGGUAGCUGUGAAGAAUGGUAAGAAAUUUGAGAAUGAAGUAGAAUGGGGGAUCGACUUGGCUUCCGAGCAUGAAAGAUACCUAACAGAGGUAAAGUUUCAGAAGCCUGUCAUAGUCUAUAAUUAUCCAAAAGGAAUCAAAGCAUUCUACAUGCGCCUCAACGACGACUCAAAAACGGUAGCUGCUAUGGACGUUCUUGUCCCAAAGGUUGGAGAGCUAAUUGGUGGAAGCCAAAGGGAAGAGCGUUUUGAUGUUAUUCAGCAAAGAAUAAAGGAGAUGGGUCUGCCUCUUGAGCCAUAUGAAUGGUACCUUGAUCUGAGGCGGUUUGGAACAGUGAAACAUGCUGGAUUUGGUCUUGGCUUUGAAAGGAUGAUUCUUUUUGCCACUGGCCUGGAAAAUAUUAGAGACGUGAUUCCCUUCCCACGAUAUCCAGGCAGAGCAGAUCUAUGAUAUUUAUGACCGAUUUCUUUAAAUGGCUUUCACAAUUCCCUUACUAAAGUAGUUGAGUCGAAAAUGGAAAAAUCGUUUUCUUGUAGAUCAUAAACAUCCGUCUUUGUUUCUUGGGUUACACUCUUUUACCGACUAUUUAUUACUUUUGAUAGAAUGCUGGGUUUUUUGUUUCUGCGUUUAUGUUUUAUAUCAUUCAUUAUAUAGCAUUUAAACAACUUGUCCUUAAAGGACCUGGUAGUCACAUUCCAUUUUAUUUUCCAGGCACACGAUUGAUUCAAUAUACGAUUAAUCUUGUGGAGACAUGGUUUUUAGUGGUACUAGUUAUAUCUCGUUUUAUUAUGCCUAAUAA